CCCUAUCAUAAUCACAACGCGAGGCCUGCCUGUUUUAUUACUGGUGUAUUUUACGGGAAGGGCCAGGAGAUUAUGAGUAUCUUUUUUUUUGCUGAAGAAUCAGUUAUAUUAUGAAGUUGGGUUGUGCCAAUUCUAAAGGGUAAUGGGAUUAAAACGUAGUGGUUUUAGGUAUAGGCCUAGUUUGUUGACUAGACAGUAGCCCCCUUGAUAAAUAAAAAAAACACAAAAAACGUUGUUUUUUUGGUUUAGGCUUAGUAAGACCUACAAUAUUGAUCGUUUUUGUAUAUAUUUGUGUUGUUUUGAACAAAUAGCGAGGCAUGUUCCACCGAUAGGCUUUCUCUCAUCUCGCCGAAAAAUAGCCGACCGCAGCUGGACGCUCCGGAGUCUACGGAUUUGUCAAAAACAGAAGUCCAGAGACGCAACAUGUUUGAGACUGGGGGAAUCCCUCUCGUCCUUCUCGACGUAACCUGCCUUAUCCUCGGUAUGUAACCUACGUACUUACCAUGUUGUUGGCAGUGUCAAGUCCUAUAGAGUUCCUGUUCUGUGAGAAGUUAUUCUGCACUAGUCUACUGUAGCCUAUACACCAGUUCUAUCGGAGGUAUCUCUUUAUUACGACUAUUGUAGUCAGCCUACAUUAUGCCAAUAGGUGCAUGGGUUACUUUUAUCUAACAGUAAGUGUCUAAGUCUGUGAAUGAAUGGGUGUUAUAUUCCACUGCUGACCUAUUCCACUGCUCACCCACUACUAGAGAUGUUGUGGUCAAUAACACUGUUAUAAUUAAGCAAUAAGGCACGAGGGGGUGUGGUAUACGGCCAAUGUAGUACGGCUAAGGGCUGUUCUUUAGCACGACGCAACGCUGAGUGCCUGGAUACAGCCCUUAGCCGUGGUAUAUUAGCCAUACACCACAAACCCCAGAAGUGCCUUAUUGCUAUUAUAAACUGGUUACCAACGUAAUUAGAACAGACAGUAAAAAUGACUUUUUUGUCAUACCAAGGCUUUCAGCCAGUCAGCAUUAGGGCUCUAACCACCCGGUUUAUAAUAGCAUACAACACACAGUAUGGAUGUAUAUUAUAAGAACUAGGGCCACAAGUUUUUCCUGACCAUGUCUUGACCAGGUAAUAACUUUGUGUUCUAGUUUUAGCUACAGUUGAAGUCGGAAGUUUACAUACACCUUAGCCAAAUACAUUUAAACUCAGUUUUUCACAAUUCCUGACAUUUAAUCCUAGUAAGAAUUCCCUGUCUUAGGUCAGUUAGGAUCACCACUUUAUUUUAAGAAUGUGAAAUGUCAGAAUAAUAGUAGAGAGAAUGAUUUAUUUCAGUUUUUAUUUAUUUUAUCACAUUCCCAGCGGGUCAGAUGUUUACAUACACUCAAUCCGUAUUUGGUAGCAUUGCCUUUAAAUUGUUUAAAUUGGGUCAAACGUUUUGGGUAGCCUUCCACAAGCUUCCCACAAUACGUUGGGUGAAUUUUGGCCCAUUCCUCCUGACAGAGCUGGUGUAACUGAGUCAGGUUUGUAGGCCUCCUUGCUCGCACACGUUUUUUCAGUUCUGCCCACAAAUUUUCUAUAGGAUUGAGGUCAGGGCUAUGUGAUGGCCACUCCAAUACCUUGACUUUGUUGUCCUUAAGCCAUUUUGCCACAACUUUGGAAGUAUGCUUGGGGUCAUUGUCCAUUUGGAAGACCCAUUUGCGACCAAGCUUUAACUUCCUGACUGAUGUCUUGAGAUGUUGCUUCAAUAUAUCCACAUAAUUUUCCUUCCUCAUGAUGCCAUCUAUUUUGUGAAGUGCACCAGUCCCUCCUGCAGCCAAGCACCCCCACAGCAUGAUGCUGCCACCCCCGUGCUUCACGGUUGGGAUGGUGUUCUUCGGCUUGCAAGCCCCCCCUUUUUCCUCCAAACAUAACAAUGGUCAUUAUGGCCAAACAGUUCUAUUUUUGUUUCAUCAGACCAGAGGACAUUUCUCCCAAAAGUACAAUCUUUGUCCCCAUGUGCAGUUGCAAACCGCAGUCUGGCUUUUUUAUGGCGGUUUUGGAGCAGUGGCUUCUUCCUUGCCGAGCGGCCUUUCAGGUUAUGUCGAUAUAGGACUCGUUUUACUGUGAAUAUAGAUACAUUUGUACCUGUUUCCUCCAGCAUCUUCACAAGGUCCUUUGCUGUUGUAUUGGGAUUGAUUUGCACUUUUCAAACCAAAGUACGUUCAUCUCUAGGAGACAGAACGCGUCUCCUUCCUGAGCGGUAUGACGGCUGCGUGGUCCCAUGGUGUUUAUACUUGCAUACUAUUGUUUGUACAGAUGAACGUGGUACCUUCAGGCAUUUGGAAAUUGCUCCCAAGGAUGAACAAGACUUGUGGAGGUCUACCAUUUUUGUUUUGAGGUCUUGGCUGAUUUCUUUUGAUUUUCCCAUGAUGUCAAGCAAAGAGGCACUGAGUUUGAAGGUAGGCCUUGAAAUAUAUUCCACAGGUACACCUCCAAUUGACUCAAAUGAUGUCAAUUAGCCUAUCAGAAGCUUCUAAAUCCAUGACAUCAUUUUCUGGAUUUUUCCAAGCUGUUUAAAGGCACAGUCAACUUAGUUUAUGUAAACUUCUGACCCACUUGCAUUGUGAUACAGUGAAUUCUGAGUUAAAUAAUCUGUCUGUAAACAAUUGUUGGAAAAAUUAUUUGUGUCAUGCAGAAAGUAGAUGUCCUAACCGACUUGCCAAAACUAUAGUUUGUUAACAAGAAAUGUGUGGAGUUGUUGAAAAACUAGUUUUAAUGACUCCAACCUAAGUGUAUGUAAACUUACGACUUCAACUGUAUAAGCUUAUAACCUGUAGCCUAUAUUGUAUUUGAUCAUUCAGGCCCACAAGGUUUAUUGUUGAUUUGAAUAUAGCCUUCUGGUUGCAUAUUAAACAAGAGAGUCAGAGGGGUAGAUAUUGGGUUCAGUGGGGUUCAGUUAUUACAUUUUACCACAACAUGAUCAUGCCAUUAUCCAUAGUGUGUUUUCUAAAGUGUAUGUGAGUAAUUCUCAAAUUGGGGUACAUUUCCUAUCCCUUGACUGCAGAGAUGGAGUCUUGAUCUCGUGGUCUUGAUCUAAACGCAGUCUGGAUCUGGGUCUGAAUAGGCUUACUCUUAAUGUAGGGAUUUGACGAAAGGGUCAUCACACCAAAGCACAGGGUUUUGGAGGUUUGGGUUGUUUUUGCCACAUUUUUUAGUGUAACUAAAGAUGGUGCAGGAUUUUGUGAUUUUGUGUGAUGAAAGACACAGGCAGGCUACAGUCGAGCAACGAUGGAGUCAAAACCGGAACUCUGUGAAAAAAACAAGACCCAGACUAGACUCAGGCCAACCAUCUUAAAACGUCAUAAAAAUGAUUUUGUCCCUCCGGCUUCCAUAUUUUAAAAAGCAAGGUUCUCUAGCACUUUUGUGUUGUCUCACCUCUACUUAGUCAGAUAACUCAGACAAGUCUUGUCAAGACAUGGUACUCAGUGGCAUUAACCACGUGAGUUGCCAGACCAAGACCCUGACCUAAAUCAGGGUUUUAAGACUAACGCUAAACUGAUCCUUAUUCUGCCUAAGCGCAACUUGGAGUAAGUGUCUAGUGUAGCAUAUCCCACCUUUUGUGAUCAAUUAGAAGCAGUCAGAAUGUUCAACAAAGGAUGGCACAUGGUGUCCAUACUCCCCAACAUGACAGGCUCUAAUCAAAGACCUGUGACUGCUACACUCUUAGAAAAAAGGGUUCCACAAGGGUUCUUCAGAUUUCACCAUUGGAUAACCAUGUUUGGUUCCAGAUAGAACCCUUUUUGGUUCUAGGAAGAACCCUUUUGGGUUCCAUGUAGAACCCACUGUAGAAAUAGUUCUAUAUGGAUGCCAAAAGGGUUCUAGUAUUGGGAGAGCCAAAGAACCCUUUAAGGUUCUAGAGAGCACCUUUUUUUCUAAGAGUGUAGUUAACUCAUUUAGGCUGGAAUCUGCCGACAGGGUUUGAAUGUGCUUUACUGGCCAGAAUCAAGAUAGAGCAAGUCUGGUCGUGUAACCUGAGUUACAGUAGGUGUGAAGAGAGGAAGUGGGUUGAAUAGAAGGGGAUUUUAACAAACAACAAACCUAGUUCCAACUUACAACAAAUGUAGUUGAACUUUGAAGCUGAUGAAGACUAACACUGUAAAUUGGGAAUAGUGGGUCAUAGUAUAUGUAGCCUUCUGCUAGGCAGUGGUGUAAAGUACUUAAGUAAAAAUACUUUCAAGUACUACUUAAGUUGUUUUUUGGGGUAUCUGUACUUUACUUUACUAUUUAUAUUUUUGACAACUUUUACUUUUACUCCACUACAUUCUUAAAGAAAAUAAUGUACUUUUUACUCCAUACAUUUUCCCUGACACCCAAAAGUAGUCGUUACAUUUCGAAUGCUUAGCAGGACAGGAAAAUUGUCCAAUUCACGCAAUCAUCAAGAGAACAUCCCUGGUCAUCCCUACUGCCUCUGAUCUGGCGGACUCACUAAACACAAAUGCUUUGUUUGUAAAUGAUGUCUGAGUGUUGGAGUGUGCCGCUGGCUAUCCGUAAAUAAAAAAUCAUGCCAUCUGGUUUGCUUAAUAUAAGGAAUUUGAAAUAAUUUGUACUUUUACCUCUACUUUUGAUACUUAAGUAUAUUUGAGCAAUUACAUUUACUUUUGAUACUUAAGUAUAUUUAAAACCAAAUACUGUUUGACUUUUACUCAAGUAUUAUUUUACUGGGUGACUUUCACUUUUACUUGAGUCAUUUUCUAUUAAGGUAUCUUUACUUUUGCUCAAGUAUGGAAAUGGUGUACUUUUUCCACCAUUGCUGCUAGGAGAGACUGAAUGAGAUAUCAGGACACGGAAUUCUACUGCCACACUUUUAAACUAUUUAUUUUAGCAUUUGCUUUCACUGACCUGCAUUCACUACUCCUGGGCCACAGCAGCACCCCCACAGACUCUUCUAUAUCUUUCUGUUAGUGUUGUUGAGAAUACCAGGCUUCUGACAUUUUUUACCAAUUGGUAAUAUCCCAUUGGUAUCCUAUUGUAUAGUUAGGCCUAGUUUUUCCAUAUUUCUCUUGGUAAAGGCCUAAUUGUUGUGGACAUGUUGUGGAGUGUGAGAUAGACAGAAAUCAGAUGAGAGCAGAGUAGCGUAAGAGAGUAAUCCACUCUGUUACAGGUGAAUUGGACUGUGUGCCUGAGUGAGUCAGACUGAGUGGCAGAAGCAUUUAGACAUCCAUGCCAAUGUAGCACAUAGGGAUGUGUGAAACUUACUCCUCAGCUUGAAGUGUCCCCACUUGUGCCACCGAAUAGCUAGCUUUUCGCCAGCUGCCGACUGGUAAGACGCUUCAGGAACGCAGUCACGUGUGCUAGCAAGGCAGAGCUCCUGGGUUCGAGACUCGGUGUGAGCUGAAUCAGGAGGAAGGGGUACUCGCUAAGCAAGCAGCGUGACAUCUUUUACACCAGCAUCUCCAUCAAAUCAUGUUAUCGCUAGUUAGAUCAGCUAACCGACUAGCCUGGUUGCCAGUCUGUUUCAGAGAAGUAAGGCACGGCUCUCAUUAAUUUUAGAAACAGGUGUUGUCUGAUUUUCCUAUUGUUUUUGGCCACUUAUGGUGGUUGAUGUGCUGUCCACUUACUUCCUGGACUCUUAUUAUUUAGUAAAUUGUUGUGUCCCUCCUUUAUUGUAUUGACUUUUACCUUUAUUUGUUACCUUGGCCAUGGGUGGGCUAUUUGGGAAGGUGAGAGGGAGGUCAGGGCAGGAGAGAAUGGUAUAACCAAAUCAAGUGAAAGCAUGAACAAGCAUGCAUUAUUUGCAUAUUGAUUUGUAUCAGGUUUUGCCUACCAAGUUCCUUUCUCCUGUGAAGGUUUGGUCAACAGCGUGUUUUAAAGAAUUACAGCAGAACCUUCAAAGUAUGUUUACAAAAGCUAGUUUGAACUAGGAGACUAUUGCUGAUUAUCUCUAUCUUUCUUUGUCUAUCUCUCUCUCCAGUUGGACUUCCCUUUGUGAUCCUCACCCCUCAGCACAAUCCCUUCAAAAGGGGUUUCUUCUGUAAUGAUGAGUCCAUCAGAUACCCCCUGAAAGAGGACACUAUAUCCUACCAGUUACUGGGGGGAGUCAUGAUCCCUUUCACACUGAUUGUGGUAAGUCAUUACUUCUGCCCUUUUCUCAGAUGUUCUCUUCAAAAUAUCAUCGGAAUAUCAGGUAAUUGUGUUUUAAAUGUUUAUGGUAAAAGUACAAUUAUAUGAGACAAUAUGUAAGUAUAUUCGAUUGACCUCAGUUAAAGAUGACUUCUCUUGCUUUUACAGGUAGUCAGUGGUGAGUGCCUUGGCGUCUAUAUGAGUCGUAUCAAGACCAAAUCAUCCUUGGGGACUAACUACGUGGCGCGCAUCUACAAAGCAGUGGGCAGCUUCCUGUUCGGGGCUGCUGCUAGCCAAUCACUGACGGACAUUGCCAAGUACUCGAUUGGUCGUCUGCGUCCCCACUUCCUGGCUGUGUGUAAGCCUGUGUGGGACCGUAUCAACUGCGUGGCUGGAGGCUACAUCGAGAACUUCACCUGUACCGGGGACAAGAACAUGGUGGAUGAGGCCAGGUACAGUAGAGGGUUCCUAAAGUUACAUCCCAAGAGAAGAUAUUGCUGCAAAAUUGAGACUGAAAAACUCUAAACUCAACUGGGAAAUGCAAACUCGAAAGAUGUUUGUGAUGCUGUAAACCCAGUUUCCCCUAAUCUUUUUUGUCUUUUGUUUUACAGACUUUCUUUUUUUUCUGGUCACUCAUCCUUCUCUAUGUACUGUAUGCUGUUCCUUGCAGUAAGUAUAGCAGAGGGUAUAGUGUGCUCAUUGUUACAAUAGUUCAGUUCUCUCUCUGUCCCUAAGCAAUAGCUCCCUUUCAUGAUGUUGAUGGUGUCCUUCUGCCCUCUCUUGUAGCUGUACAUCCAGGCCAGACUGCAGACAGAGUGGGCCAGGCUCCUGAGACCCACCAUCCAGUUCUUCCUGAUCGCAGCGUCCAUCUAUGUGGGGCUGUCGCGCGUCUCAGACUACAAACACCACUGGAAUGACGUACUUACUGGCCUCCUGCAGGGGGCGAUAGUUGCAAUACUCACGGUGGGUAGCUAGCUAUAGGCUAUUGGUUCCAAACCAGUGUGCCAUGAGGAACUCUCAUGUGUGCCGCAAAACUUUUCCUAAUCUGGAUAGUUUUUUUAACACUCACUUAUAAACGUGACCUGUGGAAUGCACAUGGAAUUUUGAUUUGGGAGCACUAGUGCCUGUCAGACAAUACAUUAAAUGGCACAUGGUUACGUCUGUAUCGUUGUUUCAAGUCCAGUGCGCUCAGGCUGGUGUUACAUUUGUAUUAUUUGAGGGGCGCACAUCACGAGCAAAGUCAUCAAUAAUUUUACUUUGUCUGUGAAAACCAUUAGCUCAGGCAAGUCUGAUUAAGCUUAGCCAAAGGCAUUUAGUUCUUAAUAUAUGGCCCUGGGCAUAGCUAUACCACAGCCUCUGCCAUAGAAACAAACAGAGCAUGGCUUUCAGUCCAUGACUGCACCUUUACAAUGCAAAAAAACACUUGUCUGUAGCCCAAACUGUUCAAAUCUGAAGAACUAUUUUACCAGAGCUACAUUAUUUUCUUUCUGGCACAGAUUCGCUAUUUCAUCUAUAAAAAAUUUUGCCACAGAAAAUAGAUGAUUUGCAGUAUGGAUCAGAGGAGAUGGCAGUCAUUACCACUAAAUACAUUAAUAGGAACAUUUUAGGUGUGCCGCAGAAUUGUAUAUCCCAUCAAGGUGUGUCACUGUUCAAAAAAGGUUGGGAACCACUGCUAUAGGCUAUAGACACAGGUGGGCCUGGGCACUGGCCCAGCCAGAUUGACAACCGGCCCAGCCAAUUAGGGUAAACACGUAAAACAAAUUGAUAGUCAUUGUUGUAGUUCAUUAUUCACAUUGACACAGGUAGCUAGUUAAAUGCAUAAGAGUGGGCACCUUAUGUUUCUGCAUGGAAGUAUAUAUGAUCAAACCAUGUAUUACCAUUCCCUUAGAGACAACAUCAUUCAUGUUUAUACUGUUCACUGCAAGUAGUUUUCUCAGUUUCAGUCUCCAUUGUAUUAGAAAUGCUGUCCUCUCCUCUCCCAACACAGGUGUUCUAUGUGUCCGAUUUCUUCAAGACGCCUGUUGAUCCAGUAGAGAUACCAGUGGAGAUGUCCCACCCCAGUCUACAGGACAACCCUGCUAAUGGGAACCACUAUGGAAGCACAGAG